AUGUCUUCGGCGGAGGAAGGAAGGCCCGGGGCAGAUAUUUCUGCUGAGGGCACAAUUCGUGCGGGCUCUAGGGAGUCAGUCAGAGGUCAAUCUCGUGGAACAAGUCGAGUCGGAAAUAAUCCGGUGUUCACCAACCCUUUCAGACCAGAAAGCGCGACGUUGGGUAGGUCCUCCAACAUCUGGGAACCAUCAGUCCUUCCGGUGCGGCAGCAUGCUUCUCAAAACCGUGAGCCGCUUCUUGAGGUUGCUCGCGGCCUUCUCUACUCGAUCUCCCAAGUUCAUUCAGCUGUCCAAAGUAUGUCGAGUUUUGUCGUCAAUCAUGGGACCGGAUCCAGCUUGGAAGCCGUCUUCGAAAGAGCCAGUUUCCACUUCCAUGAGCUGGAGCAAGCUAUCCAUGCUUUCCAUCUCCCGAAUGGCACACACGGCGAUGAGCAUCAAAACUACAGGCCUCUGCAGCAGGCUCUAUCAAGACUCAUCAGCGCCUACAUCAAGAUUUGUAGUGAACUCGCCGGUCAUGUCGACCUUUUUGUGGAUAAUGGGGAUGAGAGGUAUAUCAGAACUUUCCUCAUGCUUGUUUACCACAGCGUUAUGGAACUCCGUGCAACCAUGAGCGAAUGGCUGUCCACGACCUCAAAGGUGCGACCUCCUCCGGUGCAUGGCUUGGACGCCGCGGCGACGGUCAAACCACGACGGCGGACACAAGGAUCCACGACUCCAACACCAUCGAGAAGAGCUUCCAUAAGGAAUCGUUCCCCGUUAUCGUAUUUCAAAGGCCGCAAACCCCCGGGUGGCCUUGAGUCUGCUCGAGGAGGUGUCAAUAUGCAAGUUAGGACGGACUUACCUUAUCCUGGGCCAGGGGGAGCCCCAACACGGACAAUGGCGGUGGCAGCAACGGAUUCGGCUCCGGCUGCCACCUCCGCAAAGAGCACCGGCCUGACAACGGCCUCCACACUGGUAGCAACACCGGAUGUACCACCGAUGCCAACAACUCCAGAGCCACCUCUCACUGCUACCUCGUUCCCUCCUCCAUCCUUCUCUUCACCCACUCCUUCACACAUAUCCAACAAUGCCGUACCAGAUCCGAGGGAUGCGCCGUUCGAUGUGCUCUUCUUGACGCUGAAGUCGGCAACCUCUCAGAUUCUUCACACGCUCCCACCCCUGAACUCCUUGUUUGCGCACUACCAUCAUCAGGUCCAUUCCAGUCCAGCGAUGUGGGAAGCGGCAAAAGCAUGGACCAUUCUGUUGACCAGUGGCGUCAAAGUGCAGAAACAAACGGAAGCUUUGCGGGAGAGGCUGUCCACGCUGAGAGUUGGCGAUCCGGCGUUGUUCUCUCCUCCACCUGCUACGCGGGCAACUCAGCCGCAAAAUGGUUCGGGUCACGGGUCCGCAUCGGGUUCAUUUUGGGAUAUAUGCGAGGGUUUGUACACCACUUGGGCGGAAUUUGGAGAUCUGUUGAAGAGAGUAUUAGUGAAGUCAAAAGACUCGGUAGCAGAAGGGGCAAGACCAGACACAACGGAGCUUAACCCGCAACUCUCACUACCGCCGGAAACACUCAAGCAACUCGGGAAAAUAUCGCGAGGACUCAAGGACGCAGCCGAGUUGAGUGUCGUCGUCAGGAAACAGAUACAGGUGCAACUACAGCAACAAAUGCAGCAGCAAGAGAGGAAGCAGCAAUCUCAACCCGCCACGCCGGCUGUCGUUAUGUCGCAAGGGCAGAACAAGAUCAUGGUGAGGAUGAGAGAACGCGAAAGGGCAAGAGAAAGGAGCAUCAGUCCCAGAACGAGAGACAUAAGCGCUGUUCGAGCGGGAACGCCGGCGGCGAGGAGGUUGCAGCAAAUGCAGAUGGAGAUGCAAUCACUCCCGCCUUUGCCCAUGACGCCGCAGAGUGCAGCCCUGGGACCGGCGUUUAGGGCUACGAAACCCUCUCCUUUUGGGUCAUUUUCUGGGUAA